GUCACAGUAGGGACCUGGACAGCGAGACACCGAUUUCUCAAUUCCUUCAUCAUCCACCACUUCCCACCACCCGAUCGAUAUCCUCCAGCCGGUUGCAAGUAAAAGCAUUCCCAAAACUCGAGUCGGACUGAGUGAGGCAAGCAAGCACGGUCGAAGAACUCAUCACCAAGGAAUUUGAUACGCACAUCAUGAGGAUUCACGUCCCUUUGCAGGCUCACCGACCGGUCUCACAUCCCAUCUUCGGCCCGACAAUCCAUCGACCAACUCACAUGAUACCCACGGUCUUCCAAACCAAGCAGCCGAUCCCAUCAAAACUUAUUCCAGUCGACCAGAUCAGAUUACCCCCCUCAUCAUCCACAUCCUCCUCCUCAUCAAUACCUCCGAAGAAACUCGCCAAGACGAAAAUUUGUACCAAGAUUAUUCGCGGCAUUCUGGAUUCUGCGCAACAUCAAUUAUCCACCUCUAGUAGAUCAGUCCAAUCUCAUCCGGCUGCAACUUCUCAGAUCUGGCCCAAAAACUUGCGCGUCGAGGAUGAUUGGAAAGGUCGCGGUAAAUGGGGCGAAAGUAGGCCGGAUCAUCUCGAAUGGUUGGGUGUCCAAAAGAAGCACAAGGAACUGAUGCUCAGUCUUCGUGCGGAACGAUAAUCAUUUUCAAAAUUUACCAAGCCUCACGAUUCGAGUCGCAUUUCCUUAUUACCACGCAAUCCGCUUGUUGCCCGCAUUUUUUUUCUUUCCAUUUUCUUAUCGGUCUGAUUUUUGUUAGCGUCAGAUUUGUUUUUCCCCCCUAAAAAACGAGGCACAGACGGUGUUUGAGUUAGUUUAUGUUCUUUUCCCGCGUGCUCAUUCUCCCUCAUUUCGAACAUAAGCAUGCGACAAAACCUACACAUAACACUUAACCACUAAAGCCUGGAGAAUCUGUUGUCACAAAAAGUCAUUUAAACAUGUCAGGCUACUGCAGAAAUUGGCACCAGCAUUGGUCAGGAGUACAUUGGGGUCUCUGAAGCAUGUCUCGGUUAAAUAGGUGGAUAAAGAGGAAGGUUGUAUCCUGAG